AUGCCGCAGUCAACCAUGUUUCCAGUCACAAACGAGCUUGCCAAACAUCCAAACCAUACUCCCAUCAACUACACCAUCUUCCUUAAAAAGAUGUGCUACAAAAAGCAAACGUACUACAAAAGCUGCUCCCACACGCGCACAGAGGAAGAAGACUGCCCCCACCAGAAGCGCCUCAGCCAACUGCGUCUCCAAGAGCGCCUCGACGCCCACCGCCGCCAACGAAGCUCCUGGCUCCUGUGUAUCUUCUGCUUCCUCAUCGCUCCCGAGCCGCGGACGCGCACCCCGGAGCCCCGCCGCGAGUGCCCCCUCCAAGACGUCCGCGUCGAGGUCGACGGCCGGUGUCCGCAGUGCCGCCUCCUCGACGCGCAGGCGGCCGCCGUGGGGAGAAGGGAUAGGUACGAGUAUGACUACGCGGCGCGCCGGUGCCGUGUCAGAGGUGAGGUGAGAGGGAGUGAGAUGAACGCCGUUGCUGACCUUGAUCCGUCGAGACCUACACAAACGCAGCAUCUCAAGAGCCCAGAGUCGACAUGUUCCGGCCGGCCAGCCCCUUUGCGAGUUUCCAAGACCAAGCAGAACCAGAAACUGUCAAAGUCCAAGAGGAGCUACUCCAGGAAACCGGGCCGAAGCGCAGUCGCAGCGUUGGAGAACCCGCCCCUGAGCGCCGUGAUGGAGGACGUGGAGAAGGCCUGGAACGAUGCUUGCACGGAUGGAGGCUCCGCUGCCAGGACUGCCCGAAAGCCGUCGCAGGAGCUGCCGCCGCUGACCAGCCCGUCCUCAUACAGCCCGGAACUACCGAUCGAAGAUCUGAUUGACGAGGUUGAGCUCCUCUGGCGAAGGGCAGGCUGCAGCAACGAUGGACCCGGGUAA